CUAGUGGUGAAGCAAUUUUCUUUUCUUUUUUGUGGACAGUGAUUCAUAAAUACUGGACAGAAUCUUGAGAACAAACCCUCUCUUUUUUUUUUUUUUAAGCUUUGAGGAUCAACAGUAGCAAUAAACAGCUGUCAGAGAAACAUGGCAAAGUUUUUAAGCAGAGACAUUAAUUUAAUGGGGUUUCAAAUAUCGCAUUCCAAUAAACAGAAAUUAAAACCUUUCUAUGAUGAUCCUGACUCUAUGCUACCUGAUGUUGAAGCCUAUGCUUCCUGGCUGCUGAAGCACCCUUCUGCAUUGAACUCAUUUGAUUGCAUAAUGAAAGAAGCAAAGGGGAAAAAGGUGGUGGUGUUUUUAGACUAUGACGGCACACUUUCCCCUAUUGUUGAAGACCCUGAUAAGGCUUUCAUGUCUACUGAGAUGCGUGCGGCACUGCGUGAAGUAGCAAAACAAUUUCCAACAUCUAUAAUCAGCGGUAGGAGCCGAGACAAGGUUAAAGAAUUUGUACAGUUAAAUAAUGUAUGUUAUGCUGGAAGUCAUGGGCUAGACAUUAUGCAACCUCCCAAAUCCUGUGAUAAAAAGGGAAAUGAAGGCGCCUUUCAACCCGCUAAGUUAUUUUUACCUGCAAUUCAAGAGAUCUCAAUGGAGUUGGAACACAAAAUUGGAGAAACACAAGGUGCUAAGAUAGAGGACAACAUGUUUUGCAUCUCUGUACAUUAUCGACAAGUUCCACCGCAGGAUCAAGGAAAUUUAAAGGAGAAAGUGAAAUCUGUGGUUGAAAAUCGUCCCGAAUUUCGUCUUACUGAGGGUAAAAUGGUACUAGAAGUGCGGCCAUCAAUGGAGUGGAACAAAGGUGAUGCCCUCAAUUAUUUGCUUCACACUUUAGGGUUCAGCAAUGCCAAUGAUGUUCUCUCUUUGUACAUUGGAGAUGAUCAAACUGACGAAGAUGCAUUCAAGGUGAUAGCAGGUAAAAGGGAAGGGUUUCCCAUCGUAGUGUCUUCCAUUCCGAAGGAAACAAAAGCAUGGUACUCCUUACGCGAUCCAUCAGAAGUCUUAGCUUUCCUAUUACGUCUAGCCAAAUGGAACAAAUCCCAGGCUUCCUUUCUUCAACUAGAUUAUGUUUGAACAACAAAUACUUAGUGUAUUAAAUUAACCAUUUUCGUUUUCU